CCGGAUGUCUGUGGAUCCAGCGUUCUUGUUCGUUCGUCGUGGCAUGACUUUUACAGCGGGAGUAUGCACUACAUAUAAGGUGGCCAUUCUAGAAGAUGCUGGCUUGACCUUUCUGGGAGCAACUAUACUUUCUCAUUAUAUCGGGCACCUUUUUUAAAGCGCAGGCUUGGUUGCCCGGACGACGGCAAGGGUGCGCCAUCAAACCUGCCAGGUUCACCAGGCUCAAGCGCAUGUUCAUUCGACGAUGGAUAUAUAAUGGGUCGCAUUUUGAAGAACCUCAGUGACACGCGAAAGUAUAAAUUCUCCAACUGCUGCGUAUCUAUAAUCAAGUUUGCCCUUGGAAUGGACUAUUUUAAAUGUUUGCAUACGGUCACGAACACCAAGUUCAUAUCAACAAACAAAUUGCCUGGUGAUGCUAUUUCUAAAAACGAAACAUGCAGAAAUGUAUUGAAAGAACUUAAAAAGGAGAAUGGAUUUCAUGAAGAUAUGGACGACCGCCUCGCACAAUGCAUUCUAAGAUGUAGGACGCCUAUUGUGAAUGGGAGAUCUUCGUUAAAAGAAACACCAGCCCCGGAUGGCACCAGGUGCGGAACGUCAAAGAUCUGCAAACAUGGAAUAUGUGUUGCGCCAUGAGAAGGUGUGAAGAGGAUGCCAUCAAAAUAAAUCACUUACAGUUAAAA